AUGGCCACCAAGACUGAAAACGAAGCCCAGGAAAUGGCCCUCAAUACUACACAUGACGCUCAGAAUAUGACCAUCAAGUCUGAAACUGAUCCCCAGGAGAUAGUCACCAAGGCUACAAAUGACGCUCAUGAGAUAGUGAUCAACGCUGAAAUCAACGCUCGGGAAAUGAUCAUCAAGGCUGAAAAUGCCGCUCAUGAGAUGGUCAUCAAGGCUGAAAUCAACGCUCGGGAAAUGAUCAUCCAGGCUAAAAAUGACGCUCAUAAGAUGGUCACCAAGGCUGAAAAUGCUGCUUAUGAGAUGGUCAUCAAGGCUAAAAAUGACGCUUGGGAAAUGGUCACCAAGGCUGAAAAUGAUGCUCAGGAGAUGGUCAUCAAGGCUGGAAAUGAGGCUCGGGAAAUGAUCAUCAAGGCUGAAAUCGACGCGAAGCAGAUGAAAACCGGCGAUGGGUUAUUUUGGCAACCUUGA